UUUUUUUUUUGUUUUUUAACUAGUGUUUUUAUUCUCGGUCCUUUUUUGUUCUUCAGAUUUGCUUCAUCUGAUUUAGGAAUUUUUCUCGAACACCUUUUCUCCGAUUCGAUCUGUUUUUUCGUUCUCGAAUUUUGGUUUGUGAGAGUUAAAGAGCUGCAAAAAUCUCUGAGAUUAAAUAUGAAGCGGGCAAGGAAAUCGAAAUCGAACAGGGUUUCGUGGGCUCCUGCGUCUAAUUUGUGUCAGAUCAAAUUGUUUCUGUCUGACGACUGUCCUUCAAAAGUUGGACUGAAAUCUCAAGAUCAUCUUCAAGCAAAGACAUCUUCAAUGUUGCCUUCAAGUACUAAUGAACAUAUGGACUUACCUCCUGGAUUUGAAGACAAUCACUUCUUAAACCAGCCAAAGGUUGAACUCUCUCGCAUCUCUCCAAUUAAAUGGGAGCGCCCUCCUCUGUUUGCUUUCAGACAUGAUUGGCGCGUUGCUGCUGGUGAAGAAAGUAAGGAGAAAAUGGAUCAAAAGCUAAGAGAAAUGAAAGUGCUUGAAGCAGUUUAUCCUCGCAUUUCUGCCAUACCUCCCAGCCCUUCUGUUUCUCAUGAUGUAGACAAGGAAGGUUAUGAUGAUAACCACACUCCUCUCAUCCCUAUCAUUCCCAUUGAGGAGGAAGAUUCGAUGGAUAUUAAUCCUGAAGUGUCAGACGCAAAACUCGCAGAUACCCCCACUAAAUUGCUGUCACAAAACUUGCAGCAAUAUAUAGCAGCUGCAACACCUAUUAAUUCACAAUGCAACACCUCUGCUGCUGUUCCCUUAUCUGCAGGUGGAAACUCCAUGCUGGCAAUUUCUCCUGGUUCGGAACCAGAUUUAGCUGCAGCCUCAGCUCUGGUAGCAGCAGCCAUUUUGAAGAGUAAUGAGCAAGGAAACCCAAUUGAUAUGGAUCUACUUGUUAAAAUAUUUAAUGACCCAAUAAUGAUAGAGAAAUUGGUUAACCAACGGGGAACUGCAACCGCCACCAUAACUACCUCUUCAAAUACUGGGUUGAAAUCUGCUGCUUCUGGGACUACACCCACAAGCACAGUUGGUUUAGUACCUUCUUCUGCUCCAAAGCAAGCAACUUCCUUAGCCUCCAUGUUUCAAUCUACACUUAAUAAGCCAGCAAUUCCCCCAGUUCCAUUGUCUAGGCCUUCCUCUGGUAAUUUAGUAACUAGCUCAGUUACCCUGCCUCCACAACCAACUACACAAUCACCUUCACCUCCACCUCCACCUCCAUCCACUUCUACAUUUAAUAAGCACAGGUCUGUCAACAAUAACCAUGUAACGAAUGGAGCACUUCCCUCUUUAGAACCCCAGCCUCCUCCUCAAGAUACAACUCUGUUAUCUGGUAUAAAGCGCACGUCAUCAUUACCUUGUGUGAAUUCAUCCAGUGAAUUGAGCACAGUGCCUUUGAAUUCAACUGCUGUGAAUUUGCAUGCAGGUGCGAACCAGGUGCGAGCAACGGCUGCCACAGUGGCUUAUCAAACAAGUAGCACCGGUUCUUCUUUUGCAGUGAAGGAUGCCAACUAUUAUAAGAACCUUAUUAGGCAACAUGGUGCAGAUAAGCAAGACGGUCAAGAAUCACUAAUAGGUAUCCGUCAUAAUAAUUUCCAAGACUUUAAAAUGCUACAUAACCUUAAACAAAGGGAAGUGAUAUUCAAAAACCAGAAACCUUGCAUAUACUUUAACAGCUCAAGGGGUUGCCGAAAUGGUGCAAAUUGCCCCUAUCAGCAUGAUAUCUCAGCUCAGUGGGGAGCUGGUAAUGACCUAGUGGCACAAAAUGCAAAAAGAAUGAAACUAGGUACAGAAGUUAAUGGGAGGAUAUAAUCUAAAGCAGCUUUUCAAAUGAUUAAUAAACACAAAAUGGAAAAAAAAAAAAAAAAAAAAACCUUUUUCUUGUUUCACCAUGUACAGUGAACUUGCACAGACAAAAGGGGGACGGGGGAAGAGUGGAAAUUGGGUUACAGUUAGGCUUUAUCAGUUUUUGACAUUUUUAUCUUUUCAGUUUCUUUUUUUAAAUUUCCUUUGGUGAUAGGUUUCUAGAUUUAUUUUGGGGAAUUCUCCUACAUGAACAAUGAGAACUUGGACCUUGGGUUGGUAGUUUUUUGUUUGACCGGGUCAGAGGUUUGGGUUUGACAAAUUGGUGGUCUCUUUUGCUUUUGCAUUACAUUUGCUAUGAUGGUAAACCGGUUGACUAUGUUUCGUGAACGGUGGCCAUCUGCCAAUGCCAACCCAGAACUGAUAAUGAGAUGUAGUUAAACAAUUAAAAACUAUUAA